CUCAAUUACACUAGCACAAUCUCACUUCUAUCUCCAAAUAUAGAAGCAAGCUCACGUACUUCAUAUGAACAAUCACUGACACUCAAAGUCAACCCAGUUUAUCUAGUACAUCCUGCAUCUAGAGUUGUACUGAAAAGAUCGAUAUGGAGAGUGCUUGUGUUCAUGAACAGACGACAGUCGUCCAUGAGUUAACUCAAGGAAUAGAAAUGGCUAAACAGCUAAGGCUCAAUCUAGAUUCAGCUGAAGCUAGAGAAUUCUUGAUAGAGAAGAUCUUAUCUUCAUAUGACAAAGCCCUCUUUGUUCUUAAAUCAGCCGGGCAGCCUCGGGCAAGUCCACUGCCCGAAUCUAGUCUGCCCAAGUCAUCUAUAACUACAAGCAGUCCCCAAAGCACUGAAUAUGAGUUUGAGUUUGGCCAAAAUGUUGCCUCCAAAAAGAGAAAGGCGUCAACACCAUGGGAUAAUGAAGUUAAAAUCUUGAGUGAUAAUGAAAUAGAGGGAAACGCUAAUGAUGGUUAUAGUUGGAGGAAGUAUGGGCAGAAAGACAUCUUGGGUGCCAAAUUUCCAAGAAGCUAUUAUAAAUGCUCAUACAGAAAGGUUCAGAAAUGCUUGGCUACAAAACAAGUGCAGAAAACAGAUGAAGAUCCGACAGUAUUUGAGAUUACGUACAGAGGGAUACACACCUGCAAUGGUGUUGCACAGUCGGCACUACCACCACCGCCUUCGCCGGAAAAACAUGAAAUAAAGCCAACCCACCACCACCACCAACUAACAACACCAAAUGCUGGUGAGAACUUUUCAAAUCCGAGAGCCAACCUCACUGUUAACACCUGGGAUUUGGGUUGCACUCUUCCAUCUUCACAUUCCAUUCCUCCAACAGUAUUUGAAUUCAAUGAUAAUGAUUUCCAUCCACUUAAUUUUCCUAAUCAUUUCGAUGAGGAACUAUUGCAAGGCUAUUCACCGUCGUUCAUCUCUCCGGCCACCUCUGAAUCUAACUACUUCACAGACUGGGCGAGUUCAUCAUCAUUGGAUUUACCAAAGGAUGCGGCAGAUCUAUUCCCUGAUUUCAUGAGUUAAUCAUAAACAGUGUGAUUAUGGUGGAUGUUGAUCUAUCACGGAAAUUGGCUAAUGGCGGAGUGGUUGGCUAAUGGUAAUGUCUAAUGUGGAAAGCCCACAGUCAGAGAGUGGAACUCAUGAUAAUAUCAUCACACAUAUGUGUUUGGAUCGCAAGUGAUGUUAAGUUGAAGUUUCUUUUAUAAGUUCCUUUGAAAAAUGUAGAUUUGUGAAUAUGAUUUCAAGGAACUACCUAUAUAUGUACGUGAAGUGUAGCAGUUUUAAAAAGCUUGGACUUUACUUUA